AUGGAGGAAGUCCGCGGGAAGAAGCGCCCGGCCCAAUGUGAUCCCGAUGGCGCGCAACCGUUGACAAAGAGGUUCGGACGCUUGCGAAUAGAUAGUUUGCCAAUCUCCGCACGGGCAAAAGGGGAAGACGGAAAGGAAGAUAUGAUGCUGCUGGAUGACACUCGACAUACAACCUACAUACACAACUUGGACCAAGAACUGGAAGGUGAUUCUUCCGAUGGGCUUAUAUUCUCGCCCCUUGCUACAAAGUUGCUUUCAGUGCCUACAUCGGUUCUAUCUUCCCAACCAUCGGGAAAAGAGCUGGUUCUCUACACAGAACCGGCAUCCCUUACAGUACCCAAGGACCGAGAUAAUAUACGCAAAGCGAUUCUGGAAUCACGGGCACGAGCCAGAACCGAGAGUCAGGAUGCGACUCACGAACCGAGUCCGAGUGUGAAUCCAAGUCGGAACCCGAGAGAAGAGAGAGACGAACCAGACCGAAAUGAGAUAUGUGAUGCCAUGGAGAUUGACAACACUUAG